AUUCAAGUUUCUUCUAUAUACAAGCAGCAUGUACAUAUACUAUAUUAAAGAAAACGCAAGGCUGGAGCUCUAUUGAGAAAAAAAAACAACCGAGCAAGAGAGACAAACAACGAGGCAAGACAUUCCGAUUCAUUGGAGGCGCAUUUCAGUAUUCUUGUGUCGAUCAAUGAGUGUUGUAUUGGAGCUCCCUCGAAAGUCCAAACUCUUAUCGUCCCAGCACACAAAGUUUCAUUCACAAUUUCCUUUGAUUUCCAAACUCGCGUGACUAACGGGAAAAUUUGAAUUUUCCGGAGGACAGUGUGGAAAGCCUGGCUAAGGGAGAGAGAGUGUAGUGCGGCACCUACAUAUAAAAUUACACCACACAAGAGUUGUGAUGUUGUAAGAGUUUUUGUGGGCUCGCGUAGAGAGAAAUGCAACUUUGAGCCAUUUGGCGCAGUGAGAAAUUUUUCCUUGUAAAAAGUACAGAGAGUGUGAGGAAAAAGAGAGAGAGAAAAGCAAAGAGAGAAAAAUGAAUGUGUUAGCACAUAAGUGAAGAAGUAGAAAAAGAGUGAAUAAACAAACAAGAGUUCCAGAAGCAAUUUUAAGUUGUUUGCAUUGAAAUCGAACGUUGUAAUAUGUUAUAUCACAUAUAGAAGAGUGGAAGAAAAAAAAGACACACAGCAAAAAGCGCGACAGAAAAGCUGAAGGAGGUGAGAGCGAGAUUCAAAAGUGCUUGGACUAGUUCUGGUGUGAAUACAUAUUGAUAGUUUUUCCAACGAGUUGGGAGGAACACCAUUUAAUAUCCCCAUAGUGAAGUUAAAUUGUAACCCCAGGGAGGAAAAGACGAGAAGAAAAUGUACUUACAAAUUGCCGGAACGGGAUUUGUGGUAAUUUGCCUGAUUCACCUACUCGAGACAAUUCAUCUUCCGCUGGAGGUGCUCGAAGUGGAGGAUCUCGUGAAGCAUCAAAGAUUGGAUCUUGCCAUUGAGUACAACAGCAGCGACAGCGGAUCGACUGCAAGAGAAAAUCAACCAACAGAUAGCAUCAACAAACCACGAGUCUUGUAUCAAGUUGGGUCUUCCGAAAGUGAUCUUCCGGUUUGUGCGCCAAAUGCCGUCUGUUCGAAGAUUGAUCUCUACGAAACACCGUGGAUUGAGCGCCAAUGUCGCUGUCCGAAUACCACAACAAUCUCCAGCCAGCACAUUAACUACCAGCACAAUGAAUUCUUGGAGAAGCUCCUGCGGAAACUCAGCAAUGAUCCCACAAUAGAACGCAAAACAACGCGGGAGAUGCUAAAGAGACUCGGUGCGGUGUAUCAUGUGGAUGACAUCGUGCUGAGUGGGAUUGAUGAGGCAGAGCAUGGGCAGAAUUACUUUUACCGCAGCAAAGGUAGCAUCCACAAACAGAGAGACUUCAUUAGCCACCUUACAGCUACGGCGACUGAUUUGCACGAGAGCAAGAGACUUCGACAUGCCUCCCAUCGGGAUUUUGCCACAAUCGGUGGUUGUUCAAGUGCCAUCGGUGGGGAUGAUGGUCACACAAUUGUAGACAAAACACGACACUAUAAGCUCUGUAGUCCCAUUCACAAAUUACCUGUCUGUCGGUACUUUAAGGACUUCACGUGGACCCUUAAAUCUACAACAGGAGCAAAUUCAACGCAACAAAUAAUCCACUGUCGCUGUCCCAAGAAUUCAGUCACGUACCUCAUCAAACGAGAGCCACUAAUUGCAAAAGAUGAACAAGGAUAUGUCUAUUUCUUCGCUUGUUCGCCUCAGAGUCGCCUGAGAUGCCAGAGAAAGGAGCCAUGUAAACUUUUUACGGUACGAAAGAGACGAGAAUUUUUGGAUGAGGUCAAUACGAAUCCCUUGUGCCAAUGUCCGCAUAAUCAUCGUUGCCCUCGACAUCACACAGACGUGGGCGUAAUUGUGGGCAAAUCCUAUGCUCAGGACAAUAUUCGAACUUAUUCUGGCUACUGCAUGGCAGAUGAUUUGACAAAGUGAAUGGCUUAAAGAAUUCCUUAACAAGAUGACUUUCAUGUACAAUGCGAUAAAUACUUAGAUUACGAGCUAAUUAACCAACUAAUAAUGUAUAUUUUUUCAUGAGAAUGCCUACAAAAUGUAUUUAUUUUAUAAUAAUUUAUUUCACAGAAAAAAAAACAUUCGCAAAAAGAUGCCUCUCCUCUUUAUAAGUAAGAUUUUCUCAGAAUAGCUUUAAUACUAAAUUCAUAUUAAAAAAAAAUAUAGUAUAUAUAUAUAACAUGGCACCAUUUUCCUUAAUUUAUUGUAAAAGUUGAGAGAAUAUUCAAAAAUUGCUAGAGGCCGAAGACAAAAAAGUAUUUUUUUAAUUAAUUCUUUCUUUUUUCCAAUAACUCUUAAUAGAAGUAUAUUCUUUCCUCAUAACAUUCAUAUUUCAACAUUAUUGUACCUGAAUGUAUAAAAAAAAGAGUAAGAAGUGUUAUCUAGUUAGUUUUUUCUUUAAGAAUAUUGCUCUGUCCUAGAGAUAAGAUAUCACAAAAAUGGAUACCUUAAAAUACAUGUAUUUUUUUAAACACAGAUAUAAAAUCGGUAUGUAUAUAAAAGUUGUUGUGUACUUUAUUCGUUAAAAGGAAAAAAACAUACUUGAAUAAAUAAUUAAUUCACGGGACAAA